CCUCCCCAGCAAGCUCUGUCGGACUCGAAGCAUUUGGACCUUCAAGCGCUUUUCUAGCAAGGACACUCCACCUGGGCUACGGAGGAGGAGACAGGGCCGCCUGAGGGCUGGCCAGCUUCGACUGACUGUGGGCUGGGCCCUUCAGUUAAUAGUGAGCUAUCCGGCUGCGAUAAUACCCAUCGCCACACAGUACUGCUUUGACCUCAAUUUGCUUUUCUUUUGGCUUUUCAAGAGUUCUUAUGUUUUUUAUCCUCUCUGUAUCUAUACUCAGCUGGAUGGAAUUGUGUACUUUUAGGGUGUAGUACCACUGACCCUUGGAAAACAAGGUGACAACCUGCUGUAUGUGUUGGCGUUUUCCCAGUAGAGGCAUCACUUCCGGUGGUGGAUCCUGGCCUGCCGACUCCAUCCCACCGAUGCCUUUGAGAGUUUCCCUUGCUAAUCGGGUGCUCCAUGCAGCGGGCCGUGGAAGGACAGGGUAAAGGUCAGAAGAGCACACUGGAGAGCGUUUCCCAAAGUGUAUUCUGCGGAACUAGCACCUACUGUGUUCUCAACACCGUGCCACCUCUAGAAGAUGAUCAUGGGAACAGCAAUAGUAGUCAUGUAAAAAUCUUUUUACCGAAAAAGCUGCUUGAAUGUCUGCCGAAAUGUUCAAGUUUACCCAAAGAGAGGCACCGUUGGAACACUAAUGAGGAAAUUGCAGCUUAUUUAAUAACGUUUGAGAAGCACGAAGAAUGGCUCACCACAUCCCCUAAGACAAGACCGCAGAAUGGCUCCAUGAUCCUCUACAACAGGAAGAAGGUGAAGUACAGGAAAGACGGGUACUGCUGGAAGAAGAGGAAAGAUGGGAAAACGACCCGCGAGGACCACAUGAAGCUGAAGGUCCAGGGAGUGGAGUGCUUGUACGGCUGCUAUGUCCAUUCUUCCAUCAUCCCCACCUUCCACCGGAGGUGCUACUGGCUCCUUCAGAACCCCGACAUCGUCCUGGUGCACUAUCUCAACGUCCCGGCCAUUGAGGACUGCGGCAAGCCCUGCGGCCCCAUCCUCUGCUCCAUCAACACCGACAAGAAGGAGUGGGCGAAAUGGACCAAGGAGGAGCUCAUCGGGCAGCUGAAGCCCAUGUGCAGGGACAGAAUGUCGGGCCUAUGUGACAGGCUGAUUCACCCCCUGAGUGGCCGUUCCUACCACGAGGAGUUCAACCCCCCAAAGGAGCCCAUGAAAGAUGACGCUGAGCAUCUGCGAUUGCACAGCAAGCACCCCGUGGCCAUAGCAUCUGCCGGCCACCACAACUGGCGUCUCGUGCUGGGUGCGACCAUCAUCGCCGUGAAUGGCUGUGACAACAGCGGCUCUUUGCUGGGGACACACGACGUGCGGGGAGCGGGCAGCAGCGUGCAUCACAAGUGCAACAGUGCCAAACACCGCAUCAUCUCGCCGAAGGUGGAGCCGCGGACGGGCGGCUACGGGGGCCACGCGGAGGUCCAGCACAAUGACGUGUCCGAGGGCAAGCAGGAGCACAGCCACGGCAAGGGCUCGAGCCGCGAGAAGAGGAACGGCAAGGUGGCCAAGCCCGUGCUGCUGCACCAGAGCAGCACCGAGGUCUCGUCCACCAACCAGGUGGAGGUGCCCGACACCACCCAGAGCUCCCCCGUGUCCAUCAGCAGCGGCCUCAACAGCGACCCCGACAUGGCGGACAGCCCCGUGGUCACCGGCGUGUCUAGCAUGGCGGUGGCCUCCGUGAUGGGGAGCCUGUCCCAGAGCGCCACGGUCUUCAUGUCCGAGGUCACCAACGAGGCCGUGUACACCAUGUCCCCCACCGCCGGCCCCAACCACCACCUCCUCUCGCCCGACGCCUCGCAGGGCCUGGUCCUGGCCAUGAGCUCCGACGGCCACAAGUUCGCCUUCCCCACCCCGGGCGGCUCGGACAGCCUGUCCAUGCUGCCCUCCAACGUCUCCGAAGAGCUGGUCCUCUCCACCACCCUGGACGGCGGCCGGAAGAUUCCAGAAACCACCAUGAACUUUGACCCCGACUGUUUCCUCAACAACCCAAAGCAGGGCCAGACAUACGGGGGCGGGGGCCUGAAGGCCGAGAUGGUCAGCGCCGGCGUCCGGCACUCGCCUCCCGUGGAGAGGGCCUUCAGCUUCACCACCGUCCUCGCCAAGGAGAUCAAGACGGAGGACACCUCCUUCGAGCAGCAGAUGGCCAAAGAAGCGUACUCCUCGUCGGCCGCGGCGGCCGGCUCCCUCAGCCUGAGCGCGGGCCCCGGCCUGCUGCCGUCGGGCGGCGGCCUGAGCCCCAGCACCACCCUGGAGCAGAUGGACUUCAGCGCCAUCGACUCCAACAAGGACUACGCGUCCAGCUUCAGCCAGACGGGCCACAGCCCCCACAUCCACCAGACCCCCUCCCCCAGCUUCUUCCUGCAGGACGCCAGCAAGCCCCUCCCCCUGGAGCAGAGCUCCCACAGCAGCCUGAGCGACUCCGGGGGCACCUUCGUGAUGCCCACGGUGAAAACGGAGGCCUCCUCGCAGACCAGCUCCUGCAGCGGCCACGUGGAGACACGGAUAGAGUCCACCUCCUCCCUCCACCUCAUGCAGUUUCAGGCCAAUUUCCAGGCCAUGGGUGCGGAAGGGGAGGUCACCAUGGAGGCCUCGCAGGUGGCCGAAGGGGGCGAGGGCCUGAUCAAGUCCGGGGAGCUGCAGGCCUGCGGCUCCGAGCACUACCUGCAACCCGAGACCCCCGGGGUGAUCCGCAGCACGGGCGGCGUCCCCCUCCUCCCGGGGAACGUGGUGCAGGGACUGUACCCCGUGGCCCAGCCCGGCCUCGGCCACGCCUCCAACAUGGAGCUCAGCCUGGACCACUUUGACAUCUCCUUCAGCAACCAGUUCUCCGACCUGAUCAACGACUUCAUCUCCGUGGAGGGGGGCAGCGGCACCAUCUACGGGCACCAGCUGGUGUCGGGGGACGGCGCGGCGCUCUCGCAGUCGGAGGACGGGGCCCGCGCCCCCUUCGCCCAGGCCGAGAUGUGCAUCCCCUGCUGCAGCCCCCAGCAGGGCAGCCUGCAGCUUAGCGGCGCCGAGGGCGGGGCCGGCACCAUGGCCUACAUGCACGUCGCCGAGGUGGUCUCGGCCGCCUCGGCCCCGGGCACCCUGGGGAUGCUGCAGCAGAGCGGACGGGUGUUCAUGGUGACCGACUACUCGCCGGAGUGGUCCUACCCGGAGGGAGGAGUGAAGGUUCUCAUCACAGGCCCGUGGCAGGAAGCCAGCAAUAACUACAGCUGCCUGUUCGACCAGAUCUCAGUGCCUGCGUCCCUCAUCCAGCCCGGCGUGCUGCGCUGCUACUGCCCAGCCCAUGACACUGGUCUCGUGACCCUACAAGUUGCCUUCAACAACCAGAUCAUCUCCAACUCCGUGGUGUUUGAGUACAAAGCGCGGGCCCUGCCCACACUCCCCUCCUCACAGCAUGACUGGCUGUCACUAGACGACAACCAGUUCAGGAUGUCCAUCCUGGAGCGGCUGGAGCAGAUGGAGCGGAGGAUGGCGGAGAUGACGGGGUCCCAGCAGCACAAGCCGGGAAGCGCAGGAGGCGGCAGCGGCGGGGGCGCCAGCAGCGGGAACGGCGGAAGCCAAGCCCAGGUACCCCCUGUAGUGACUGUCGUCUUCGGUUUUGUCACGAAGCAUGCGGACAGCAUUGAUCUGGAGCUGGAAGUUGACCCCUUGAACGUGGACCACUUCUCCUGCACCCCCCUGAUGUGGGCGUGCGCCCUCGGGCACCUGGAGGCCGCCGUCGUGCUGUACAAGUGGGACCGGCGGGCCAUCUCCAUCCCCGACUCCCUGGGGAGGCUGCCUCUGGGGAUCGCCAGGUCGCGGGGCCACGUGAAGUUAGCCGAGUGUCUUGAGCACCUACAGAGAGGGGAGCAGGCUCCGCUGGGACAGAGCCCCCGAAUCCACUGUCCCCCGAGCGAGGAGCCCCACGCAGACGGCUGGAUGGCCCAGUGGCACAGCGAGGCCAUCGCCUCUCCAGAAAUCCCCAAAGGCGUCACCGUCAUUGCAAGUACCAAUCCGGAGCUGAGAAGACCUCGGUCUGAACCCUCUAAUUACUACAGCAGUGAGAGCCACAAAGAUUAUCCAGCUCCCAAAAAGCAUAAAUUGAACCCCGAGUCCUUCCAGGCGAGGCAGGAGGAGCUGCUGUCCACUGCACUGAGCCUGGAGCAGCCCAGGAUCAGGAAGCAGAGCCCUAGUUCUAAGCAGGCCGCCCCCGAGACUCUCAGCCCCAGGGAAGGCGCGAGGGCCUGCAGCCGGGCACCCUCCCCUCCCUCUCCGGAGCCGGCGGGACUCCGAGCCGCUGCGGCCCAGCCCCAGCCCGUAGUGAGGUGGAGUCCCAAAGAUCUUUCCAUUGGUGUGUCUACAGUGCAGGUGACGGGCAGUCCGAAGGGGACCAGUGUAGGAAAGGAGGCAGCACCUGCACAGGUGCGACCACGGGAGCCCAUGAGCGUCCUGAUGAUGGCUAGCAGAGAGGUGGCGCACACAGAGAUGGGGCCCUACCGGGACAGUGCGGAGGCCGAGGACGGCUCGCAGCCCAUGGAUGACAUACAGGUGAACAUGAUGACCCUGGCGGAGCACAUCAUCGAGGCCACGCCUGAGCGCAUCAAGCAGGAGAACUUCGUGCCCAUGGAGGCCCCGGCCUUGGAGAGGACGGAGGCGGCCACCAUCAGCAGCACCAUGAGCUGGCUGGCCAGUUACCUGGCGGACGUGGACCACCUGCCGCACGCCGCCCAGCUCAGAAGCGCGUAUAGCGAGCCUCUAACCCCCUCUUCCAACACCAGCCUGAGCCCCGGGGGCUCUCCAGCCAGCGACAUGGCCUUCGAGAAGCCCAGCCUGCCCUCCGCGGCGGACUGGUCGGAGUUCCUGAGCGCGUCCACCAGCGAGAAGGUGGAGAAUGAGUUCGCCCAGCUCACUCUGUCUGACCACGAACAGCGCGAGCUCUAUGAAGCCGCCAGGCUUGUCCAGACCGCCUUCCGGAAAUACAAGGGCCGACCCUUGCGAGAACAACAGGAAGUGGCCGCUGCCGUCAUCCAGCGCUGCUACAGGAAGUACAAACAGCUGACAUGGAUAGUCUUGAAGUACGCACUGUACAAGAAGAUGACCCAGGCCGCCAUCCUGAUCCAGAGCAAGUUCCGCAGCUACUACGAGCAGAAGAAGUUCCAGCAGAGCCGGCGGGCGGCCGUGCUCAUCCAGAAGUUCUACCGCAGCUACCGGAGGCGGCCAACUCAGGUGGGCACAGGUCAGGUGGGCGCAGGCUCAGGUGGGCAGAGGCUCAGGAGCAGUUUGCUAACCAAAAAGCAGGAUCAAGCUGCUCGGAAAAUAAUGCGGUUUCUACGACGCUGUCGCCACAGCCCCCUGGCGGACCAUAGGCUGUACAAAAGGAGUGAAAGAAUUGAAAAAGGCCAAGGAACUUGAAGACAUACAGCAGCAUCCCUUAGCAAUGUGACAUUGCUUUUCAGACUGUUUUCAUUUCUGUUUUUAGCAGAGACAUGCAACAACACACAAGCGCGCGCACACACACACGCACACACACACACAAUCCCUCUGCAGUUUUGGAGAGAUCAGCUGCAGGAUUUUAACAGGAAUGUUUCGUUCAUUGCAUUUGCACUUUCAUGGACAACUUUUAAUUUGAUCAGCGAGACAUCAUGGAACUCAACCUUCUGUUGGGUCGCGGGAAAACCAGACGCCGCGAGGAAGGGAGAGAGGCUCCCCCUGGGGAAGCGGCCGCUUUCCUGCUCACAUAGGGCUGUACUCAAACAUCGCGUGGAACUGUACAAAUAUUUAUACCAAAAAUACAGGGGAGAAGCGGUGGGGAUGCGCUGGCAACACGAGAACGCUGCUCCCGCACCUGCCAGUGGCUUCCAAGAGGCUGAAUCUUCGGGAUUCGUUGUCAGCGGAGGGCUUAGAUCACCCCAAUCUUUAUUGCGUCCGUGCGUUCUCAUUUCCUUCACUGUUCCGUUUGUUCUUGUUUUAACCUCGACAGCACACUUAAUGCAACUUUUUAAAAAUCUGCAGGUUUUUAAAUGUCUUGUGGAAAUUUGCAGAGGGGCGGGCGUGGCAAACGGGUAAUGCAUGGGAACUGAGGAGAAACCGCUUCCAGAGUGAAGAUUUAUUUUCUUGUCCCCACCCCCCACCCCCCACCCCAGGAACCUGCGAGGACUCAUCGUGUCCCUUUUCUCAUGUUCAGCACUUUAAUUUUUUUGCCUUACUUUCAUGUGCAAUGGGGGUUACUUAGAGAAUCCGUAGAGCAUGUAGCUUUCUCCAGUAACCCUGGGAAGUGUAGUCAUUCUGAGGAAUCAUAAACCUUGCCUGGACAUUUGCCACCUAAAAGAUCAGUGUGGUGCUGCGUUCUGGCCAGUAAAUUCCAUAUUUUUGGCUAUAUCUCAUCCAAACAGAGCAGUUUCUGUGUAUAUAUAUAGAAGGUAGAGAUGGAAAGUGAGAAAUAUUUGAAAGGGAUUAUAUUAAUUGCUAAAUAUUUUAUUCACAAAGGUCAAUAACAUGGCAAGAUAAAAUUAUUUGUAUAGUUUUGUCUGAAUGAGCAAGAAAAAUGUGGAUGUAUUGUUUGUAUAUAUUGUAUAUAUUAAAACAAAGAGAUAUGUGCAUGAAAUCAAGAAAAAAGAAAUGAACACAAGCAAAGCAUUAGUGGCUAUGGUCUGUAAAAUGAAACAAAAAAAAACUUUAUUUCACUAUAAGAGUACUUUAUUUUAAAUGUUCUUUAGAAGAACAUUUUGCUAAAGCAUGACUAAACUGCAAAAAAAAUAAAAAUAGAGCUACUGUAUUUAGACUUAGGAGAAAAGGCAGAGUAACAUUACUUAAAAAAAAAAAAGGAUAUGUUUACAUUUAAUUUUGGCUACCAGGAGUUUAUUUUAUUUUAUUUAAAAAAAAAAUUUUGCCAAUGGUGCCAAGUAAUGUGAAUGCUAAUAUUGCUUAAGAAAAUUAAGUUCCUUUUGCUAAACAGAUAAUCAUAAGAUGAAUCCGUAAACAGCUUAAUACCAUCCACUCGCUCCAACAAAGACGACCAAACCCUGACAAAAGAAAUAGUGCGAAAGGUAGAAAAAUGUCUCACGUUUUCAUAUCUCCUGCUGGAAAU